AUGUUUAAAGAGGAGAAUGGAUGCCAAGCUUUGUUUCAAAUGCUAACAGAUCAAGGACAUCCUCUGUACAUUUGCAGUGUUUGUCAAUAUCAGACCAGAGCUCGUGGAAACAUCCGUCGCCAUGUGCAAACUCACACUGAUGAAAGACCCUUCUCAUGCACACAAUGUGGUCAGAGAUUUAGAAGGAAAGAACAUGUGAAGAAACAUAUGUUCAAGCAUGCAGCUCGAAUUGACUUUGUUUUUGAAGCAAUGGGCAAAGAAGACAAUGAAUGCGGGGUUUUGUACCAAGCAUUGAUGGGUGAUAAACAUCCUGUGUACCGUUGUGCUGUCUGCAAAUUUCAAAGCAUGGAAUCUUAUAAAAUCCAACGUCAUGUGAGAGUUCACACUGGUGAAAAGCCCUUUUCAUGUCCGCAGUGUGGUCAAAGAUUUAGCAGGAAAGAGCAUGCGAAACGGCAUCUGACAAAGCAGCAUAAAGUCUGA